UUGUAAUGUCUAAAAUGGAGCCGGAUUCCCCUUCGGAGUUUGGUCAGAUUCAGAACAUGGACACGUUAACGCCCAAAAUCAAGGAAAUGGUUCGUCUGAGAUCGAUGAGACGUUUCUUCAUGUUUUUUCUGCUUCCGAUUGUAUUCAGUCCAAUUCCGUUGAUUAUUGGAACGCCGCCGGCUUCUUGUGCUUAUGUCAUCUUCGUUAUGGGAUUUUUCUGGGUAACCGAAACACUUCCUCUGCCUGUGACUGCAUUAAUCCCAACUAUUGCCUAUCCACUGCUAGAUAUUGAACCGGCUGAGGCUGUCUCUUCGGCAUAUUUGAAUGAUUCUAAUAUGAUGUUCUUUGGUUCUAUGGUGACUUUUUCGGUUUUUAAUUUAAAAAUCCCUUUUAAGGUUAUGGCUGUUGCGGUAGAAUCUUCUCGUUUACACGAGCGUGUUGCUCUGCGAACACUUUGUUUUACCGGCGCUAAUCCUCGCUUUUUAAUGCUUGGAUUGCAAGUUGCAACAGCUUUUAUUUCUUUGUGGAUGUCAAAUACUUCAACUACUACCAUGAUGCUGCCCUUGGUGCUUGCGCUUAUUAAAGAAUUGGAUAUGUGUGAACGUUUAGAGACUGAAUCAUUAAAUUCGUCAAAAGAUUCUGUUGAUACAGUCUCUCAGAUGUUGGUUCUUUCGGAUAAUAAGCAACAGCGGCGUAUCUACAAAGGUCUUUUACUUUCAAUUGCUUAUGCUUCUGCAAUUGGUGGCGCUGGCACCCUGAUUGGUACUAGUUCGAUUAUUUCCAUGAAUAGCCAUUUCCAGAGUCUUUAUGGCGAUAAAAAUCCUGUGGCCUUCUUUUCUUAUAUGUGUUAUUCUAUUCCACAGGUAAUUUUGAGACGAGGGAAAAAUUGGACAUAAGCCCGAAACAUUAAA